AUAAAGCUGUCCCCCUCUCCCCUUCCUCCCGAAUUUCGGCCUACAUUUCCUCGCCAUCUAUAAGCUCCUAAGCCAAAACAUCCAAUCAUUUCUAACCCUCCAUUCUUUUUUUUUCUUUGGGGUGGUCGACUUGGACAAAUAUCUACUUUGGAAAAAAAAAGAAUUUUUCCAACAUAAAUUCCAGUUUCAGUCGUACAUCACCAGCAAACCGGAAUCAUGUCGACCUACCAUAAGCAGGAGAAGGAGCUUGAGCCCACGCCCACUGCGAGCAGCGAGGCCGUGGGCAGGGAGCUCGAGGCUAGCGGUGACCACUUCAAGCAGCUGGGUUGGAAGCGUCUCACGGUCAUCCUGAUCGUCGAGGCUAUCGCCCUCGGUUCGCUCAGUAUCCCAUCGGCCUUUGCCGCGCUCGGCAUGAUCGCUGGUACCAUAUCUUGCGUCGGUCUCGGUCUGGUCGCCAUCUACACCAGCUACGUCGUCGGUCAAACCAAGCUCAAGAUCCCCAGCAUCUCGCACUACGCCGAUGUCGGUACCCACCUGUACGGUCGCUGGCUCUACGAGGUCAUUGGUGUCAUGUUUAUGCUCCAGCUCACCUUCCUCGUCGGUGCCCACGCCCUGACCGGUGCCAUCGCCUUCGGCCAUCUUUCCGACUACGGAACCUGCAGCGUCGUCUUUGGUGUUGUUUCCGCCAUCAUCCUGCUGCUCCUCGCCAUCCCGCCUUCGUUCGCUGAGCUUGCCAUCCUGGGAUACAUCGACUUCGCGUCCAUCGUCGUCGCCAUUGGUAUUACCAUCAUCGCCACGGGUAUCUCGAGCCACUCCCAGGAGGGUGGUAUGGCCGCCGUCGCCUGGUCUGCCUGGCCCAGGCCCGGCCUCACCUUCGCCGAGGCCUUCAACGCCAUGACCAACAUCAUUUUUGCCUACUCGUUUGCCGUCUGCCAGUUCUCCUUCAUGGACGAGAUGCAGCGCCCCCAGGACUACGUCAAGUCGAUCUGGGCCCUCGGUAUCAUUGAGAUCAUCAUCUACACCCUGACUGGUGCUCUCAUCUACGCCUUUGUUGGUGACAGCGUCGCCUCGCCCGCUCUUCUGUCUGCCGGCCCCGUCGCCUCCAAGGUCGCCCUCGGAGUCGCCCUGCCCGUCAUCUUCAUCUCCGGAUCCAUCAACACCACCGUGGUCUGCCGUUACAUCUACAAGCGCCUCAACAACGGCCUUUCCGACGAGACCAUCACCACUACCAAGAAGGGCAAGGUCACCUGGGGCAUCCUGAUCACCGUCAUCACCAUCAUUGCCUUCAUCAUCGCCGAGUCGAUCCCCUUCUUCAGCGGUCUCCUGUCGAUCUGCUCCGCCCUGUUCAUUUCGGGAUUCACCUUCUACUUCCCGGCUCUGAUGUGGUUCCGCAUCGUCAAGGAGGGCCCCUGGCACAGCAAGGAGAACCUUGGCAAGGCUAUUGCCAACGGUGCCUGCUUCUUGCUCGGUGCUAUCAUCUUUGUCGCGGGUACCUAUGCCGCCAUUGCUGAUAUUGCCGAGAAGUUCCACAACGGCAAGCUCAGCAGUCCCUUUGCUUGCAACGCCAGGUGGUAAUAAAAAUCAAACAAAAGCAACCGAAAAGUUUAAUGCUUGGAUUAUUUUGGUGAUUAAUGUACGAAAUAUGGGUUGGUGUCUUUGAUAGGUGGGGACUUGGGGUGGCUUUCUGUUCGUGUUGGGAUAGAAUUUUUCUUCCCCACCAACAAGCAUUCUGCACCGGAGUCUUUUUGGAAUUUUUCGCAUGGGCAUCAGAGGUCUGGGAAUAGUGCGAUGUCUGUUUCUUCUUUCAUUCUUGGGUGGCUUGGCGUCAAAAGGCAUUGUUUUGGUUUCUUCAUUUUUCGUUUUAGCGUUUGGGGGGCUUAUCAUUUGGUGGUGGUAUCAGAUACCUAAGUGCAUAUUAUGGGGGUUUCUGGGGGGAUUUUAAUUUAUUCCAGAGUUUUUUGACCUGCAACCCCGGAUUGUGCGCAUUUUGAGUUGCUAACCUGUCUAUCCAUACAAUU